UAUCAACUGAAAUACCUUUAAUGUCAGUACCGUUGAAAAGAACGAAAACAGCAUUUUUUCGUGAUUGACAAAUAUUCAAAACUGUUUUACAAUGGUUACCUUCGACACAUUUCUUAAUUCUUCAGACUUUCACAAUAACAACAGUGUUGGUCAGAAUUUGACCGAUAUAAAAAUAUCAACAGCGACACGUCUGAAACAGUCGGUCCCGGUUAUCGCCUUAUUUGGCGUGUCGUACUUCCUCAUCUUCGCCCUCUGUCUGGUCGGCAACACCCUGGUGUGCUUCGUCGUCAUCAAGAUCCCGCGCAUGCGCACGGUGACCAACUACUUCAUCCUGAACUUGGCCGUGAGUGACCUCCUGGUGGGGAUCUUCUGUAUGCCGGCCACCCUGGCAGACAACGUGGUGAUGGGCUGGCCAUUCGGAGACGUCAUGUGCCGCCUGGUUUCUUUCAUGUCCACCGCCUCCGUGGUGGCCUCAGUCUUUACUCUGCUGGCAAUCGCAGUCGACAGGUUUUAUGCCAUUGUCCUGCCUACCAAACCUAAAAUCACGGUUACUGCCAUGACCAAGAUCGUCAUCGCCAUUUGGGUGUUCGCCGCCGCCGUCGGUCUGCCACUGAUGAUCUUCAACCGUGAUGAGGUCAUUGCUCACAAUCAGGGGGGUGUGACAUACAUGGUACAUUACUGCAUGGAGCAGUGGCCUGAGUCAGGGUCAUGGACAAAACGGGACAUCAGCAAUUAUUACUCCUUGGCUAUCGUCCUCAUCUGCUAUCUCGCGCCGCUGAGCAUCAUUCUCGUUCUGUACAUGGUCAUCGGAUAUCAGGUCUGGUUCAAAUCAUCGCCGGGGCAGAGGGCAUCUGUGGAGGCCCAGAACGCAAUCAUGAAGAAGAAGAUCAAAGUGAUCAAGAUGCUCAUCGUCGUGGUGAUUCUGUUCGCACUCUUCUGGCUGCCGCUCUACACGAUCAUGUUGGUGAAUGCCUUUGCUCACGACCAGCUGACCCGCCAUCAGAAACACAUCGUGUACAUCUACGCGUUCCCGAUUGCCCACUGGUUAUCGUACUUCAACAGCUCCGUGAAUCCCAUCAUAUACGGGUACUUCAAUCCGAACUUUCGCCAAGGUUUCAAGUCGCUGAUUUUAUCCAGGCAAUACGCCAAUAGCCUCAGUGAAAUGUCUCACACAACAAGACACGGCUAAAAUGAAGACAUCAACUUUCUGUGAUUAUGCAUAUGCAUCACUUUCAAGUGAAGUCUGGUUC